GAACUUGAGCCACCUGUGUUGAGAUUUAUAGUUUCUAAGCCUGUGUACAUAUAUUACUGUGUUACUUUUAUUUUCAAAUGAGCAUGUAUGUAUGCAUGAUAAUUUCUUGGGAAACUGAAAGAUCUAACAAAGAUUCCAUAGUAUAGUGCUGUAUUGUAUGAAAACAAAAGAAAGAAAAUUUUUACCAAAAUAGUUAUUCUUGCUUACCAGAUAUGGCAAUAAAAUGUACUCAUGAAUAUAAAGACAGAAAAUUCUAAUCAAUUUAUAAUUAUCCCAUGACACACUCAAGGAAGCAGAGGAGUAGAAAGAAAGAGAAGAAAAUGAAGGAGAAAAAUGAUCAUUUUCUAAAAAGGGAACAGUUGUCUAUGCAGUCACAGUUAUCUUGGUCAGAAAGCAAAGUAUUAGUAGAGCUGAUGUUGUACUCCAUCAGCUCAUGGAUAACACAGAGAGCAUGGAAGUCCCACAUGUUAGGCCUGAAGAAUCAGCCAAUAGUGAACAGACAGAAAUUUUUGAUGUGGGAAAGACUAAAGAUAGUGUAGUGGAAUCAAAUACUAAAGAAUCAGAGCUGGGAGAUGUAGAGACAACAACUCUAUCUGGAACAUCUCAAAAGGAGCCUUGUGAGGAAGUCUUAGAUUCUAAGAACCAAGAAGAUUUGAGCAAUGGGAAAGGUAACUCAGUCCUAACUGAGACAACAAAUCCUCCGGUGAAUGAUAAUUCAUCUGAGAGCAGGGAAUUCGAAGAUGGUGAGGGAAAUGUUACAGAUUCAGUGGUAGAUAAUCAGGAGAGAAGCCAAGAAGGUACAUUACUUCAGCCAUCUUUGAAAGGUGAAGGGCAAGAUCCAGGCACUUGUGAUGAUGCAGGAGCACAAUCAAAAGACAAAACACUCAAAAUUACAGAGACAUUGGAAAACAACAGAGAAAAUGUUAGCAACUUAGACAGACAAGCAAAGGGGGAGUCUGCACCAUCAUCUCCAGUAGAAUGCUAUACCAGUGAGUCUUCUUUAUACUCUGAUUCUGAUGGUGAGAAUGCUGGAUCAUUGAAGAAAGAAUCAACAUUGCUCUCCCGUGGGUCUGUGCAGGGAGCAAGUGCCAGUGAAGAGCUGCUUGAAUGCGACAUGACAAACACAGAGAAACAGAGGGUUUCUCUAGAUGAAACUCUAGAGUCAGUGAAAGAUGGCUUGAACCAUUCUGAAGCAUCUCAAAAGGAUCUGAGUGGUGACAAAGUCGUCCAUUAUAAUAACACGGAGGAAAUGAGCACUAAAAGAGACGACGACACUGGUGUACCUAUCCCAGAUAUUGGUGUUAUCACUGAUAGUAAGGAAGUUGCAGAAAAAUCAGAAGUCACCAAUGAAGUGACGACUACAAGCACAACAGAAACAGACCCACAUGGUGCAAUAACUGUUAUGAACAACCUGGAUGAACAAAUAAUACUUCCUCCUGAAAAGGAAAAGUCUGUUCGACAAAUUGAAAGCACCAAUUCUAACGGAUUAUCUCCUGUCGAAAGCAAGUCAGAAUUGAAUAGUUUUGAUGGAGAUAAAAGCCCCGAAGCAUUCAUCCAAUCUCAAAUUACAGAAACAAUCAUUGAAGGAACAUCCUCCACAAUCAAUUCAAAAGACAGUGAAAUGCUUCCAGCUGGAAUUGGAAAUGUAAAAACACAACUAAAAGUAAGGGAAGAUUCUGAGGAGUCCUGUCCUGUGGAAAAAACAAGUGAAUCUGAUGUUAACAAAGGCAUUGUUUCAGAGGAAGAGGAAAGUGCCAUUGUAGGGUCUCAAGAGUUCAACCUCCUGUCAAGUAUUCUCUCUUCAGAUCAUGGGGAAUCUGAGUCCACUGGACGGGGUAUGAUCAGAAUCUCCAAUGCAUCAAUUGAGGAAAUUGGGUCAGCAUUGGGUCAGAUAUUUCAAAUGAUUGCCUCAAGGGAGGGUGGAGCCUCAUCUGGCGCCUCAUCAGAUGAAGACGACCAAAUUUCAUGGCGACCUGAACCAUACUGCAAAGCAGGCUAUUCUGUGGUGAUCAGCAACAGCAAGCUCUGUGAAAGCACUGAGGAGAAAGCAGUGGUCACAAUGGAGAGUGGAACAGAGUUUUUCAUAUCAAUUGGAAAUAACAAUGAUCGUGCUGCUGAGGUAGACAUCACAUUUGGUGGAAUAUACCUUGGUGUUUGGUUGGUGGAGGCAAAGCAGUCACUAUCUAAUCCACUGAUUAUUGAAGGCUGUACUUGGGCAGCAGGUCGUUUCAAAUUCUUCAGUGCUUCAGAUAAGAAGAAACUACAGCCUAAUGUUGAUAUCUAUGGUGAGAGAGCAGAAGUAGAUGGUUUGAUUGAGCUGAAAUUCAAGCCUGAAGCUGAUACCAUGAAAAUGUUUGUGCAUCAUGUGCGAGAACAAGGAAGUUAUCGUCUUGUUCCAGUAACAGUGGCUGAUCCUAGGACAGCAACUAUUGCUGACUUGAAACAAGAAAUUAAAGGAAGUUGGGGAUCCAGUAUCUCCUGCCUGUUGAAAGGGGGCCAGGUUUUACAAGAAGAAGAAACCAUCAGCUCUUAUGACUUGGGUGAAAAUGAAGUGAUUGAGGUUGUUAAUGCUACAGAGGAACUGACUAUUGAAGCAGUUGGGAGAGACCCAAUCACUCUGAUGGUGGAUCCCAAAAAUAUUUCUGUGAAAGCUCUUAAAGAAUUAAUCACAGCACAAUUCAAAAUACCAGUAGACCAACAGCUUCUCCAGUUCAAAGAACAGGAUGGUGUUGUAGACUCCAAGUCAAUCACUCAUAUGCUUCUUACGUCAAGGAAAACACCAGUGCUGGUGGUUAGCAGAGAAGAACCUGGAGCCGAAGACUCUAGAGGAUUGGACACCAGUGCAAGAUCUUGCGAAGAUCAAGGGAGCCGAGCUGAAGACAGCUGUAAACUGAAUGAGGAAUCUAAUGACUCAGGAGACAAUGACCAGAAUGGUGUUGCUAUUCUCUACGGAAAUAAAGAAAGUGUUUACAAACAAUUUCGAGAAGAUGCAAUGGACCGAAAGUUUUCAAGGAAGAAGGCUGUCACACUUUUUAUUCAGCUGAAAGAUAAGAGCAAAAAAGCUGAAAAUGCUAAAACCAAACCUGAGCCCAAGCCCUUUGAGCAGCCAGGAACCAGUUCGUCUAGACCAAAAGGAUGCAUGUCUUCUCUUUACCCACCUGAAACACCUGACUGAAAUCCUGAUAUGCUGCUGGACUAUCAUUUAACCCCCUACCUCCUAGAAUUAAUUGACAUUUAGGUCCCUUUGGUAUCAAUGCAUCAUUCAGCAAGCAAACAAGUGAUGAGAAUAUAUACCUUAAUAUAAUUGCACAUUCUCCUAACCCUUUCACUCCGAUGUGUAACCAAGAUAAAAUUUCUCCUAAAAAUGUAGUCACAAUAUCAAGCAGACAUGUGUUGAGAAUAAUGAAAAAUAUAAAUUAGGGGAUUAUUAGUUGAUCCAAAAUCAAAUUCUCAGAACUAACAUCGUCAGAAAUAUAUAGUGGACCGUUAGGAGAAUUACUAAUGAGAUCGUGGGAGUGAAAGGGUUAAUCAGUUUACAAGAAAGUUUAUGGGCGCUAAAGUGAGAAUUAUUAAGUAGAUCACAGAAGUUAAAAUGUGACCAUGAAGUACUAUUAUUUGAUACAAUAUAACCACUAGUAUGAUAAUUGUUAGGAAUGGAAGACUGUUAAUCAAAAUAUUUACUUUUAAGCUUAUGGUGACCUAACAAUGUUUUAAACGUGAUUUUGUA